AUGUCGACCGGAGCGAACGCCAGGCCGCUGGAUUUCCCAAAUAAGAAGCGGAAGAGGAGCCGAUGGAACCAGGAUACGAUGGAACAGAAGACGGUGAUUCCGGGAAUGCCCACGGUCAUCCCCACUGGACUUACUCGGGAGCAAGAAAGAGCUUAUAUAGUGCAACUGCAGAUAGAAGACCUGACUCGCAAACUGCGCACAGGAGACCUGGGCAUCCCCCCUAACCCUGAGGACAGGUCCCCUUCCCCUGAGCCCAUUUACAAUAGCGAGGGGAAGCGGCUCAACACGAGGGAAUUUCGGACCCAGAAGAAGCUGGAGGAAGAAAGACACAACCUCAUGACUGAGAUGGUGGCGCUCAACCCCGACUUCAAACCACCUGCAGAUUACAAACCUCCAGCAACCCGGGUGAGCGACAAGGUGAGGAUACCGCAAGAUGAGCAUCCAGAAAUCAACUUCCUGGGACUUCUCAUUGGGCCCAGGGGCAACACUUUGAAGAAUAUCGAGAAAGAGUGCAAUGCCAAGAUUAUGAUCCGGGGAAAAGGGUCUGUUAAGGAAGGCAAGGUGGGGCGCAAGGAUGGGCAGAUGCUGCCAGGGGAAGACGAGCCUCUCCAUGCCCUAGUUACUGCCAACACCAUGGAGAAUGUCAAAAAGGCAGUAGAGCAGAUCCGGAACAUUCUGAAACAGGGCAUUGAAACCCCAGAGGACCAGAAUGACCUACGGAAGAUGCAGCUUCGAGAGUUAGCCCGCUUGAAUGGGACUCUCCGGGAGGAUGACAACAGGAUUUUAAGACCAUGGCAGAGUUCAGAGACCCGAAGCAUCACAAAUACCACCGUCUGCACCAAGUGUGGAGGGGCCGGCCACAUCGCUUCUGACUGCAAAUUCCAAAGGCCUGGCGACCCACAGUCAGCCCAGGACAAAGCCCGCAUGGAUAAAGAAUACCUGUCCCUCAUGGCAGAGUUGGGUGAAGCUCCUGUCCCAGCUUCUGCUGGCUCUGCCUCUGGGCCUGCCACCACACCCCUGGCCAGUGCUCCUCAACCUGCUGCCCCUGCCAACAACCCGCCACCGCCAUCUCUUAUGUCCACUACCCAGAGCCGCCCACCAUGGAUGAACUCGGGGCCCUCAGAGAAUCGUCCAUACCAUGGAAUGCAUGGCGGAGGACCUGGUGGGCCUGGCGGUGGACCUCACAACUUUCCCCAUCCGCUGCCCAGACUGACAGGUGGGCAUGGCGGUCAUCCUAUGCACCACAACCCUAAUGGGCCUCCACCCCCCUGGAUGCAGCCACCACCGCCACCGAUGAACCAGGGGCCCCACCCACCUGGGCACCAUGGCCCUCCUCCAAUGGAUCAGUACCUGGGAAGUACGCCUGUGGGCUCUGGGGUCUAUCGCCUACAUCAAGGAAAAGGUAUGAUGCCGCCUCCGCCUAUGGGCAUGAUGCCGCCGCCGCCGCCUCCUAGUGGGCAGCCCCCACCCCCUCCCUCUGGCCCUCUUCCCCCAUGGCAGCAGCAGCAGCAGCAGCAGCCUCCGCCUCCCCCGCCGCCCAGCAGCAGUAUGGCUUCCAGUACCCCCUUGCCAUGGCAGCAAAAUACGACGACUACCACCACGAGCGCUGGCACAGUGUCCAUCCCGCCAUGGCAACAGCAGCAGGCAGCUGCCGCAGCUUCUCCAGGAGCCCCUCAGAUGCAAGGCAACCCCACUAUGGUGCCCCUGCCCCCCGGGGUCCAGCCACCUCUGCCGCCCGGGCCCCCGCCGCCCCCUCCGCCCCCGCCGCCUCCGCCGCCUGGUUCCACCAGCAUGAUGUACGCCCCACCCCCUCCUCCUCCGCCUCCCAUGGACCCUUCUAACUUUGUCACCAUGAUGGGCAUGGGGGUGGCGGGCAUGCCACCCUUCGGGAUGCCUCCAGCUCCCCCACCGCCUCCACCACAGAACUAG